AUGCGGCUGCUUCGGAUCGUCGAACAGAAACCACUGACCGGGAUUGAUGAAUCCCCAAGCCGGAACUUUGAAGUUCGUGAGCAGUCUCCUGACAUCUGUGACGCUGGAUCUCGGCAAUGGACGGGAACGGUCAACGUAACGGCUGACAAGUCGAUGUUUUUCUGGUACUUUGAGAGUCGACGGAACCCAGAAACAGAUCCAUUGCUACUAUGGAUGAGCGGUGGACCGGGUGCAGCAGGGGAGAUGGGUCUAUUCAUGGGUAGCGGUCCUUGCUCCGUGAACGGUGAUGGAAACUCGACUCAGCGCCUCGAAUACUCUUGGAUCGAUCACGCAAACGUUGUCUACAUCGACCAACCAGUAGGGGUCGGCUUCUCACAGAUAACAGAUCGGGAUCAGAUCGCCGUGACCCUCAAACAGGGAGCUCGAGAUGUAUACUCAUUCUUGUCGACAUUAUCACACAACGUCUUUCCGGAACUUGCUGGACGGCCGUGGCAUAUAACGGGAGAGUCCAUGGGAGGUCACUAUGUCACUGCCUACACACAACACAUAGCAUCUCUCGAGCGAGAGAAUGCCAAGCAAGGCCUCGAACCUCGUAUCAACAUCUCAUCAGCCGUCAUCUUGGAUGGAUACAUCGACGCGACUCGCCAAUUUGUCGGCUACUACGACUUCUUUUGUACCGACUGGGCCUCUGAUGGUCGCAAGGCACCUCUGAUGAACGAGACUGCCUGCUCUACGAUGCGCGCCGCGAUACCCACCUGUGAGAUGAUGGCAGUUCGCUGCCGAGAGUCAUACGAUAUCGACAUCUGCCGUGCGGCAAACGAGGUUUGCGAGGAGACAAUUGGCGAGUUCUUCCUUGAUGGAGUGCGCCCUGGAGGAUGGGAUCCUUAUGACAGCCGUCAUCCGUGCGAGAUUCCUCCUAUGUGCUCGAACUUUGCGUGUGGACCUACCUGGAAUUUCUUCAAUCGAAACUGGGUUCAGAAGAAAUUGGGGUUUCAUAAUUUCGCAUUUGAUCUAAUUGACUUUGACACGGGCGAGCGCUGGGAGAAUGAUGGACAUAUACAUCUCCCCGUGACGCGUGAGCUAAGCUGGAUUCUUGACGAAACAGACAUUAAGGUUCUGUUCAUCAACGGAAACAAUGAUAUCAUCAUGUAA